AUGGCUUCCUCAUCAACGCCUCCAACUCCUCUCCUCUACGCCUGUAUCGCACACAACAACACCAUCCUGAGCGAACAUACCGCUUCAGCAUCCUCCCAAACCUCGUCGCUCGCCUCCCUCGUCCUUCCCAAGAUCACCCACAACACCGCCCAAAAGCUCACCUACACCCACAACUCCAACUUCAUUCACUAUAUCGCCGAUGCGCCCUCGGAAUACCCCCCGGAAUCUGCAUCAGCAGGUGGCCUCACCUACCUCGUAAUUGCCGAUUCUUCCCUAGGCCGCCGCAUUCCCUUUGGAUUCCUGUUCGAAGUCAAGAAGCGCUUCCUGUCACAAUUUGCUCCCGAGAGCACUGAUUUCGCCAGCUUGCCGAAUUAUGGCGCGGGCAGCUUCAACAGCGAGCUUAAGGGCUUGAUGAUUAACUAUGGGACAACGAAGGCCGGAAAGGAGGAUGCGAUUAGCAAUGUGCAGGGCGAAAUUGAUAAUGUGAGGGGGAUUAUGAGCCAGAAUAUCGAGAGUUUGCUGGAGAGGGGUGAGAGGAUUGAUCUGUUGGUGGAUAAAACCGAUCGGUUGGGUGGGAAUGCACAUGAUUUUAGAGUGAGGAGCAGGGGGCUGAGGAGGCAGAUGUGGUGGAAGAAUGUGAAACUCAUGGCACUACUAAUUGUAGUGGUCAUCUUCUUGAUUUACUUGUUUGUUGGCUUCGGAUGCGGAUUGCCCGGAUGGUCGAAAUGUGUCGGCGGCAAGUGA